AUGCGCCUCGCGCCGCACUACACUGGCGAGCCGAGCUCGCGCGGGGAAGCGGCAAGUGCGGUGGAGUUGCGGGAGCCCGCGAAGCCUCGGCCGCGCCGGACCCGGAGCACCAGAUCCAUGCUGCUGCGGGCCCCGCCCAGGGCAUGGCUCAGGCUCUCCCAGCCGAGGACCCCAGGAAGUCAGGUCCUGUGUGCGAGGCCCCGGCCCUUCUCCAGGCAGCGCCCUGCAGAGCCGGGCGGGCAGGGCCAGCCUCGGGGCCCUGGGCUUCGCACCAGGCUGCUGGUCACGGGUCUGCUUGGGGCUGGGCUGGGCGGGGCCUGGCUGGCGCUGCGGGCUGAGAAGCAGCAGUGGCAGCAGCAGCGGCGGACAGAGGCCCUGCGCCAGGCGGCCGUGGGCCAGGGCGACUUCCACCUGCUGGACCACCACGGCCGCGCCCGCUGCAAGGCCGACUUCCGGGGCCAGUGGGUGCUGGUGUACUUCGGCUUCACUCACUGCCCAGACAUCUGCCCGGACGAGCUGGAGAAGCUGGUGCAGGUGGUGCGGCGGCUGGAGGCCGAGCCCGGCCUGCCCGCGGUGCAGCCCGUCUUCAUCACUGUGGACCCCGAGCGGGACGACGUCUCGGCCAUGGCCCGGUACGUGCAGGACUUCCAUCCGCGGCUGCUGGGUCUGACCGGCUCAGCGGAGCAAGUGGCCCAGGUCAGCCGCAGCUACCGCGUGUACUACAGUGCCGGCCCCAAGGACGAGGACCAGGACUACAUCGUGGACCACUCCAUCGCCAUCUACCUGCUCAGCCCCGACGGGCUCUUCACGGACUACUACGGCAGGGGCAGGUCAGCUGAGCAGAUCGCGGACAGCGUCCGGCGGCACAUGGCCGCCUUCCGCAGCAUCCUGCCCGACCAUUAAACAGAGUGCCCUCCGUGCGUGUGGCCAGGCAGCCUUUCCUCUGGGGCAGG